UUCCCCUCAGGUCAGGGUCGGGUGAACCAGCUGGGUGGGGUGUUCAUCAACGGGCGGCCGCUGCCCAACCACAUCCGGCUGAAAAUCGUCGAGAUGGCGGCGGCCGGCGUGCGGCCGUGCGUCAUCUCCCGCCAGCUGCGCGUGUCGCACGGCUGCGUCUCCAAGAUCCUCAACCGCUACCAGGAGACCGGCUCCAUACGGCCCGGCGUCAUCGGCGGCUCCAAGCCGCGCGUCGCCACGCCGGAGAUCGAGGCGCGCAUUGAAGAGUACAAGAAGGCGAACCCGGGUAUUUUCAGUUGGGAGAUCCGCGACCGCCUCAUAAAGGAAGGUGUGUGCGACGCCAAUACUGCCCCGUCGGCAUCGGCCAUUAGCAGGCUGCUGCGGGGUGCCCGAAGAGAACUCGACCCCGACAAGAAGGACUACACGAUCGACGGCAUCCUGGGCGGGCGGUGUGAUUCGGACACGGAGUCCGAGCCGGGCAUCCCACUGAAGCGCAAGCAGCGGAGGUCGAGGACCACGUUCUCCGGAGACCAGCUGGAGACGCUGGAGCGCGCCUUCCAGCGCACGCAGUACCCAGACGUCUACACUCGCGAGGAGCUCGCCCGAAGGACCGGGCUCUCGGAGGCGCGCAUACAGGUGUGGUUUAGCAACAGACGAGCUCGCUGGCGCAAGCAUUGCGGCGCUUCCCAGCAGAUGGCGUUCGGAGCUCUGCAGUUGGCUGGCGGUCACAGCGUCUCCGAUGUUGCGGCUACAGCUGCAAGCAUGCAGGUGUCACAGGGAGCUCAUAUGGCUGGAUGUGUGAGCUCUAGCUGGAUGAGACCAACUGCAGGCUACCAGACCCAGCCCAGCUUCCUGCCCAGCUGCCAGCAGCAAACAUCAGAUCAGUUUGAUUACCAGCAGGUCGCAGCUGACAUGUGGGGAUCAAGGAUGUCUGGUGAACAACAGUGGACUCAUCAUUUUGGUCUUGACAGCUAUGGGGAUGCUUAUUCGACUGGAGCACAGAAUAUGAGUUCCAGUCUCAUGCAACAAACUAAUACAGUGCCACAGCUUGUUGGUGCAAAUGUUUCAUAUAGGAACUAUGAGUGUAAACCAGCUUUGCCACAGGGUGGUGCAAGUCACUUCUGAUAACACUAGAUUAUUAAUGAUGGAUGUAAUCUGAGAAUGAAAUUGUUUGUCAAGAUGUCUUAUUCAUUACCGAAAUAUAUUUAUUUUUUAUUGGAUGUUUGUCAAUAUAA